AUAUCGAUCGAAGUAAAUGAAACCAAAGACUGAUUAAGCAUAAGAAUAAUGUAUAUAUUUUUUAAAGCUGGUGAAUAGCGUUAGGAUAUUAUUUUUUAAGGCAAUAGAGCGACAAAGGAAAUAAAAGUGGUUUAGUUUACUCUAAGAUUUACUAUUUUACCUAUGUUUGUAUUUACAGAUGAAAAUGAGCAAAGCAACUAAACGUAAGCACGUGACAAAAGAAAUCGCCGAUUUCAGUAUUCCUACGGAGUCACAGUCGAUUGUACGAAUAGUAGAAUCGCGAGGUAACAAUCUUCACGAAGUUGAAGAUCCAAAUGGAGAUCAGUAUCUCGUGUCUAUGCCAACGAAAUUUCGAAGAAACAUUUGGGUGAAACGGGGAGAUUUCGUUUUGGUAGAACCGAUAACAGAAGGAGACAAAGUGAAAGCAGAAAUCGUUAAGAUAUUAACACGAGAGCAUAAGAGGUGGUAUCGCGAGCAGAACUGUUGGCCUCAGGUAUUCGACGAAACUCCGAACUCGAAUGGAAGAAAAACCGGUGAGAACGAUAGCGAAGAAGAGGAACUUUUUGUAAAUACAAACAGAUUAGCGCAUAAUUGUAAUAGGAUAGAUAACACGAGUGGUACAAGUUCCGAUGAAUCUGACUCUAGUUAG